AUGGAUCGACCACUUGUAUUUGAUAUGGGGGACAUGUUGGAAGAUGUCCCAGUUCCCACUGGAUCUCGUGAGUCCAGCUGGCUUACGCGGAAGCUUGGUCAAAGGAAAUCAACCAAGAUAUACGCGCUUCCCACAAAGCAAGUGUUUGAAAUUCUGGACGCAUACCUGCAGCCUGAUAGUGGAUCCACGAUCAAGUCUGCCGCUCAGUCUAUCGAGAGUCUCCUGCCUGCUCCUCCCGUUCCUGAAAAUGCAGACUGCCUCUCUGAUCUGUGGAUUCUACUCCUGGAAAUGGCAUCACAGGUGCCUUAUGACCACCCGGCACAAAUCAAGUUGUCAUAUAUCUCCCCGGUCGCCGUCCGGGCUAUUAACAAUGACAAGGAUGGAUUCCAUUUUGCUAGCCGCCCAGAAGGCCUUAUGUUGGUGUUAGGAGAGUAUCACUUCCCGGGUGGCAGAGAAGGGGGGCUAUUUGAAGACAUAGAUGCCGCCCGGUGGAUCAAUUCGAACGCGUUCGUAGCACUCCUAGCAUCCUCUGAACUCCCGGUUGGAGCUCACAAGGGGCUAUGGUCUCUACGCGAUGCCUUGGAAGAACCAUACAGCAAAAAAUACUCGGAUUCCGAAAUCUCCGCGGCCGCCCAGUGGAUUUUGCAUGCUGGCCAGUGGUUGUUCCGCUGGAUUCAGGUGCCACAGGAGGUCACUUCACAGGAUGAGCAGAGCACGGAGCCUGGAUCACUCUGGACGGACGGAGGCUCGGGCUAUUCGCUGGAACGUUGGCGGUUCUGGAGGCAAGGCUUUCAGAGUGCCAGUGAAAGAGAAGAGGCGAAACAGGAGACCAAGAUGCUGUCAUCGAAGGCGGUUAAACUCAUGGACGUUUUGGAGGCUAACUACGUGGCAUGA